AUGGCAAUCUAUUAUGCAGACUAUCCAGUUUUUGGAUUAUGCUGUACAGACAAAGAAAUUAUUGUGAGUGGAGGUGGAGGUGGUAAAGAAUAUGGAAUUGAAGAUCAAUUGGAAGUUUUUGAUAUUGUAGAUAAAAAUGACAAAAAAGUUAAACUAACAUUAAGCUCAAAUAAUAAAUCUUCUGUAUGUAGUUCCCUCUCACUACGUUAUUUGUAUGGUACAACAAAACAAAAUGGUGUGGUAGACGGAAUGAGUUAUAAUAGCACUUUUCAAAUCGUUGCUGGUGGGAUCAAAAAUACAUGUAUAAUAUUUUCACUAUCUAAAGAAAAAGAUGAUACUCGAAUAGAAAUUCAUUUGCAAUUUCAAAGUGUGUGGGACUCUAAAACAAAAGGAAAACAAAAUAUUUCCAGAUUCUCAACAGAUGGCAAGUUGUUACUGACAGCAGGAACGGAUGGUAUUGUAAGAGUUUGGACACUGAAAUUAACUGGUGAUAAAUCUAAAAUUAAACCAGAGUCUGUUGAGGAGUAUUUUGGUCAUGAUCAAGAAAUUUUAGAUGUUGAUAUAACACUUGAUAACAAUUAUAUAAUAUCUGCUAGUAGAAGUGGAAAUGUUCUUGUACAUGACUGUAGCACCAGGCAAAUAAUUAAACAAUUCACUGUUCCUAUGAAAAAUAGUACCUAUAUAGUUAGACAAUGCAGAUUUAUUAAAGAUAUUGGUAAAUCUACCCAACUUGAUGAAUUCAAACAAUAUAAAGUUUCAUUAUUAGUACACGAGUUAAGAGGAUCAUCAUUUUUAACUUUAUGGAAUAUGAAAAUACCUUUUAUAGACAAAAAUAACUCUAAUAAAUUGGAUGUUUUUUUGAUGCAAUUGAGCUCUAUUUUUGUUAAUGAUAAACCAUCUUCAAUUAUGACAAUUAGUACCGAUCAUCAAUACUUUGCUAUUGGCACAAAUAGUGGGGGUAUAUAUUUGAUUCGGAAUUAUAAUAAUGAUUUUAAAUGGGUCCAGUCAUUUCACCUACAUGAUUUACCAGUUACUGGACUUCAGUUUUUUAAUUCUACUGACUAUAUUAUAUCUUCAGGUGCCGAUUACACUAUAGGUAUACUGGCUACAAAUACAGGAAGUAAUAAUAGUUCUCAUAGAAAACUUUUCAAGUUCAUCAAAUAUAUAUUACUAACUACAGUGUUUCUCUUAGCUUUUACAAUGUUUGUCGAAUACUGUAUUAAUAUUGGCUAUAAAACAAAUUUAAAACAUGGUAUAGAACGUUCACACUCUUAUAGUACACAAGUAAGCGAUAAUGAAUAUGUAAAGUCUAUACUUACCCAAAUAAAGGACGAAUUAUAA